CACGUGUUUGCGGAAUGUUUACAAAUUUUAUGUCAAGAUGAAAUCCUUACGUGUUCAUAGAAUUAAUUUUUUUGACCCACAGCCGAAAGCUAUUAGAUGUAUAGGAUAUGACGAAACGUCUACACGUUUAGCUGUUUCAAGAGCUGAUUCAUCCAUAGAAAUCUGGGAUGUCAAGAAAUAUCCAUAUCUAGAAAAGGUGAUUCCAGGAUCUUCAACAACAUCAGUGGAAACAUUAGCAUGGUGUAAUGACCGUUUAUUUUCUGCUGGAUUGCAUGGUUAUAUAGCAGAACAUAAUCUAAAUACUUUGAUUCCAAAGUAUCAGCUUUCUGUAACUUCUGGAUGUCCAAUCUGGUGCAUGUCUGUUAAUGAAGAUAAAACAUGUUUAGCUAUUGGAAAUGAAGAUGGCCAUGUUGUUUUACAUGAUAUGUCCCCUGAAGGUCUUGAUUUUGUAAAAAAGUUUGAUAAACAAGAAGGGUGCAUCCUAUCUUUAGCCUGGCACACAGAAGGACAAAUAAUUGUGACAGGCUCAUUAGAUACAAUUCGAAUAUGGAAUGUCCAGACAGGCCAUGUUAUAAAUCGAAUAAUCCUUGGUCGAUCAGCUAAAAACAUUGCAACAGUUGUUUGGUGCUUAGCAAUCACAAAAGACAUGACCAUUGUGAGUGGUGACUCAUGUGGAAAAACAUCUUUCUGGGACGCUAAUACAGGAACCCAGUUAAGUUCUGUAGGAGGACAGAAAAAUGACGUUUUGACAUUAUGUUUAAAUGAGGAGGAGGAUACUGUAUAUGUGAGUGGUGUAGAUCCUACAAUCACUAUGUUUAUGAAAUAUCCUUCAAAUGGGAAGUGGUUAAAAUCAAUUCAGCGAAUUGUCCAUACCCAUGAUAUUCGAGCUCUUUGUCUUAUUGGGGAAUUUUUAGUAUCAGGAGGUGAUGACUGCAAUCUUGUAUUCACAAAGUACCCUCCAAAAACUACAAUUAAGUUUUUCCCUUUCUGUCAGAUGCCGUAUGCUGUUGUGUCUCCACAUUCAUCAUGUGUUUUGUUAAGAUAUCCAAGUUUUCUCGAAUUGUGGCAAAUUGGAUCUUCAACUUCUGGUCCAACAAAUUUACUGCAAGUAAAGGCAAAAGUAAAUGAAACUAUUAUCUGCAGCUCAAUUUCUGCUGAUGGUAAAUGGAUAGCAUAUUCUAGUCAGUUUCAGAUGAGGCUGUUCAGGCUACAGUUGGGGCCCGAUACAUCUACUGCACCAUCAGUUUCUAAAGUUAUGUUGCCUGAAGAAAUUCCAUCUGUUGCAACACUUAUGUUAUUUUCAUCAGAACACUCUAAAUUAUUGUUUUAUGCUGGAAAUAAAAUAUAUAUUCUAAGGUGUGAUGAUAUUAAUGCUGUAUUAGAAGCUACUGUUGAGGAAGAUGUUGAUUCUGCUGGUCAGAUUCAUUUAAUGGAACUAAGUGGAAAUGGUUCUCGUUUAGCCUGUGGAAGUCACAAUGGCUGUGUAAUUAUAUAUUGCUUAAAAAAUAAAAAAAUUUUUUGUAAACUUCCGAUGUAUAAAUAUCAACCUACUGUUCUGAAAUUUGACCCUUCAUCUGAAAAUUUAAUAGUUGCUUACAGUGAUAGAAAGGUCGUUGAAUAUAAUUUAAAAAAAUCAGCUUAUUCACAUUGGUCAAAACAAAGAGUUCUACUUGAUCUUCAGACUGCUUCAUUUCAUCCCAUUACAUCAGUUUGUUUUUGUUCAAAUAAAUUAUAUUUUCAAGAUGAAAAUGCCAUAUAUGUCUUUGACAAAAUGGAAGAACUUCCAUUUGUAAAAAAGAAAAUGAAAGGGACAGAUGAUACAGAAAUAACGUACGGUGAUACAACUUUUCAGACUGUUUCUAAGUAUGAACACAUUUCAAGCAUUCAUUCAUUUGCAGAUGAUCUAGUAGUAGUACAGAUUUCUUCCAGUCGCAUUCUAGAAUCACUACCACCUCCAGUAUGGAAAAAGAAAUAUGGAACUUAGUUUUUAGAAUAUGAUAUUUUGUUAAUAAAAGAUUUUAUAAAAAUAA